CGCCAAGGAGUACUUCGCCACCAACCCUGCAGCCAUCUCCCGGCCCGUGAAACACGGCCCUAAUGCUACAUAACAGCCCUUUUACAUGAUGGAUCCAAGCUCUAGUGUAGAUUGUCAUCGAAAUCGCACCGCCUUCGCACAGCCACAUCAUUGAAGAAUCAUUUCUUAAUACUCGCCUGAAGCACGCAUAAAGUCGCAAUUAAUAUCUCACUCCUCAAUACUCCUCGAUUGUAUAUGGUACACAGAGGGAGUCAUCGCCUUAUCGAGAAUGACGUUCCUUAUGCAGUCUCUGAACCAUCAAAGUCAGAACAUCUCCCUCGAUGACUGGAUUACCCUGCUGACAUUGUGUCUGGCACCGCUCUUAGCUCAUAUCUUUUCAGGGGCUCCAGAACCUUCUUAUGUAUGCUCUACGAGACCAAAAUGGCACGAUCGCAUAUGUUUCUAUAAUCCUACGACAAUAAUUUGGAGAUACAUGGCUGUUGUAGAUCGACGCAUCAGAGCUCGAGUUUGGACACCAUUGGAUAUGGCAGCCAGCAACGCAUUGUUCUGGACUACCAAAGGUUGGGAUGGUUCGGAGCAGAUGAUAGUAGAUGCUUCUAUCUACUGCACAUAUUUGCCGGAGCAUCCUAGACUGCAAAUAAUCUCAACAGAGGCGCUUAAAACUACCAUUACAACGUUGCAAGGACUCCAAUUCAUGUAUCGAUAUAUUCCUGGAACUCCAGGCUAUCUCGGCGAUCGAUACUUUGCUGUCGACAGUAUAUUUACACCAUUGGCCUGUUUUGGGUUGAUUAGGCUGCUUGCAGCAGCAUGGUUGACCGGGAGCUUUGCAUACACACCACGGCCAAUUGCCAGAGUCGAUCUAGACCUCAGUCAAUUGAUGAGUCUUGGGAAGCGGUGCUCAUUUGACAGCCUACAAGAAAAUCAUUACGGCGUAGACGAUUUGAAACCACGAUACUACGAACUAUCCUGCCGGAGAAGCCGGAGCAUCCGGGUUCUCAACAUCGUCCUGCUGACUAGCUGUUGGUUCACUAACGUCGUCUGCUUUAUAUUGAUUCCAACCUUCAGCGCAAAUCCACACAUAUAUACCGUGACAGACUUUUUAACGUCAGUAUUCUAUUUCAUAAUGAGUACUAUGACAUUUGCGGUCUGUACAUUUUACCUGUCUCGGGGCCAUACUAUGACAAUUAUUCCAUGCAUUUCUCGUCCAUGGUAUAAAGCCUACACGAUUGGAUUGGCAGUCAUGUUGCUUGUGCUAGUCAUUGUGGCUUGUAUAGAAACGAGAAAGGUCGUGUGCGGGAAGUUUACCAGUGUAUCUGCUUUUUAUGCGAAUGCAGACCCUUGCCUAGCGGAAGCCUCCACGAUCAUUCAACUCGACGCGAACUCAAAUACAUUAUCUGCUUUUGGAAUCACUUUGAAGACUGGCAAAGAGGGAUCUGCUACUUUGCUAGAUGAAGGAUUCUGGUACGUCAAUUUCUCUGGGACCUGCCUUGGGAAAGCGACAAAUCCAGCAGACGUGCGGGAGAGUAUCCAAGAACUUGCGAAUAUUCCAUCUACAUAAAAGCUGAAUUUAUGAGCUUGACGCCGGUGCGGAUCUUCGACUCCCAAUGCCCAAUCCGCCGGCGAAUAAAGACUCUUUCCGAAAACAGCACACCAUCUCGGUCGUAUAUACAUCUUGGGUAAUCUGCUUUUCAAAGCUUUCUUAUUUAUUUAAUCUUAAGAUUUCGCCGUUUGAGCUCAGUUUAGGUCAUAGCUGACGGUGUCGCAAGAGAUUUGCGGUCUACCUCGUGUUGACGAACACCCCACAUGAAUGGCUGGAGGCAAACUGCCUCGAGUGGUAAGAGAUGCGCGGCGAUGCAGAUCAACUUCUGGUGAAUAAGCUUAGCAUUCUCCGACGUCCAUAGUUCUUAGGCGAUCAGUUACCAAGCCUCCGGUGUAGAGGGUGGAUGUGUGGAAAAAAGCUUUUGAUGAAUCGUUGGAAGAAGGGGCUUGUAUCAUUUUGUGGGGUGCGUAUCCGCGCGUUUGCAAGAUAGGAAUGGUAGUGGAUCAUUGGAUGAC